AAAUUUCUUUAACUUACGAUCGCAGCCUAUGCGAUUUGUAUGUGUGUAUAUACAUAUCCACGGAAUAUAUAUAUAAAUAAAUUUAUAAAAAGACUGACGUAUAUUCUUUAAAUUAUAUCGAAAAAUACAUAUACAUCUGAUAUAGGAGUACAGGAAUUGAAGGUUCUCCUUUUAAGCACAACUUUUAUUGAAAUGGAGUCGAGGACUGAAUUUAAAAUAAAAUCACCGCCGACUGAUGCAAUUUCUGCUGUAGAAUUUGGACCAAACUCCACACAGUUCCUACUAGUAUCAUCAUGGGACAGUACAGUAAGGCUAUAUGACAUUCAUGCAAAUUCGAUGCGAAUAAAGUACAAUCAUGAUUUGCCAGUAUUAGAUGUUGCAUUUCAAGAUGCUGUUCAUGCAUAUAGUGGCGGUCUAGGAAGUACUCUGAAGAUGUAUGAUAUAAAUAGUAAUACUGAAACAAUAAUGGGUACACAUGAAAAGGCGAUCAGAAAAAUUGAGUUUUGUGCAGCAGUAAAUGCAAUAUUAACUGGCAGUUGGGAUGCUACGGUAAAAUUGUGGGAUCCACGAUUGCCUAAUUGCGUGGGCAGUUACUUGCAGCCAGAUGUGAUUCUUGCUCUCUCCGUUUGCGGAGACAAGUUUGUGGUAGGAACUGCAAAGCGAAAGGUCUGCAUUUGGGACUUGAGAAAUAUGACAGGCAUGUUCCAGAGAAGAGAAAGUAGUCUGAAGUAUCAGACACGUUGCAUCAAAGGCUUCCCUAAUGAACAGGGUUACGUAUUGAGUAGCAUAGAAGGUCGGGUUGCCGUUGAGUAUCUUGAUACGAUGCCAGAGGCUCAAAAGAAGAAGUAUGCAUUCAAGUGUCACAGAAUUAAAGAGAAUAACGUAGAGCACAUCUAUCCGGUGAAUGCUAUUAGUUUUCAUUCUGCAUACAACACAUUCGCCACCGGUGGCUCAGACGGCUAUGUAAACAUUUGGGAUGGUUUCAAUAAGAAACGUCUAUGCCAAUUUCAUCGGUAUAAUGCUGGUGUGGCUGCACUCAGUUUCAGUCACGACGGUUCCGUACUCGCGAUAGGUGUGUCGUAUUUGAACGAGGCCGAAAUUCCACCUGGUGGUAAUGACGAAAGAGAGAUUUAUAUAAGAUAUGUCAACGAUCAGGAAACGAAGCCUAAGUAACACUAUUGGCCAUUGCAUAAAAAAUUGUGCAAGAUAUCAAUAAUAAAAUAUAUAUUAGGUCUGCUCUUUUUAGCUGCAUCUUCUGCAGUCUUCUUUUAAUUUUUAUCCUUAUCACCUUUCCCUUUAAUGCAUGAUUAUAAACUUUUUUUCACUUUAUGUGGGCGGUGAAUAUAAUAUAAUACAGCUAAAAGGAACAGACGUAACAGAAUAUGGUUGUAAGUUCGCAGUAUUUCUAUAUCCAAUUGAUGAAAAAGUGAAAGUUGCUCUUUUUCAAAGAGAAACAUAUUCUAUGGGUAACGUUAAUUGUAAAUAAAUACUCCGACUGAAUUAAUUUAUACGCGAUGCCACGAUAAGUAAUAGAUGAAUACUAGGCUAAUAAAUUUUCA